CUCUCUUCUAAAAGGUCAUCUGUCGCAGUUUAUCUUGUCUGUUGUCGAUUUAUUAGAUUCAACACCCAAUCCUCCAACUCACAAAUCUUCACGCCGUCGAUAUUCUAGAAAUUUUUGAACCUUCAAUAGUUUCUACUGUUCGGACCCAAAAAAACCAUAUUUUAUAGAGCCGUACUACGUCAUUUUUUUUUUCUCUUUUUUUCCACAAACAGUCUGUUCGCAGCAUAUAAUCGAAACCAGCAGACACUACUAUUAGUCGGCAUAUUUUGUCGACUCCAAGCGCCAUUGAAAAUGCCAAUGCCCACUAUUCGCAACCCGUUCACGCGCAAGCAGCACAAUGACGAGAACCAACGACCUCAGUUGGACACAACUCUGGCGCAACAACCACAGCAGCAACCUGGUGGUUUCGACAGGGUAGACACGGUCGGUUCCAAGUCUUCGAGCAUUGCAGGUUUGAGCAUCAACAGUGGGAGGAGCAACGACACUGGCGAAUACAAGCUGAGUGUGGUCAAUGACAGCGGCGUCUACCUGCCACCUUCGCCUGUCGAAACGUCGUCGCCUCCAUGGCCUGCGCGGUACUUGUCACGCAACUCAUCAGACAAGUCCCGCGGCAGCCUCGGCACUCCUGAGAACGAACAUUUUACCAUUUCCAGGGAGUCGUUCGACUCUUACCGUCGCUCAUUUGAUAUCUCUGCGAGAUCGCCCGUCACCAAGCAUGACACCCCGACAAGGCAGAGCCUUGACUCGUCGCGCUUUCCGCGUCCGCGCCUGUCCAUGAACGACCGCCGCCCGGAGCCGACGACGGUCGAGGAGCCGUUUGAGGACGUUGGUCUCGGCGACGAGCGCCAACCCAAGGGUGUCCAGCAGAUGCAGCAGCAGCACCAGCAACCAUCAAAGAAGCGCGGUUUCUUUUCCAAAUUUGGCAACUCGGAGCCGCAAACAGACGGUAUAUUACUCAGGGCUCAAGACUAAAGCAAACGAGUAACAAAUACUUUUUUUUCUUUUUCUCUCAUGACACGAUUUGGCAUAUAGAAUACCCCGGGGGGAAACCCGGAGGCACAUCUGUAUAUGACGACUGAUCCCUGCACGAGCAAGCUCGAGGGGGUUUUUUUUUGAUACGACGAAAUACGUCUUUAAUUAUUUAUAGAAGCUUGUAGUUGGCCGGGGACUGGUGGGUUUUCUUUUAUCCUGCCACUGAGCCUGAUUUCAAAUAUGUAAAUUUUGUUUUUCUUCAUAUUCUUCUCCUCAAUUCCAUUUCAUUUUCAUCCCAACGCGUCGUCACAAAUAAGUUACAAAAGUAGGACCUAUUCUUGGAAUUAUUGCCGAUUGUGGGUGGUUCAAAUCACUCCAUGUUUCUAGUGACAGUCACUUAAGCCUGUUGAUGGCUCGGUUUGUAGAUUGCGUACCUGGUAGGUAAGUACAAAAGAUGAUGAAAUUUCAAUCUGUUCCCACCCAUCCCUAAGUAUAUCCAAGUGAAAAAGGGGUAUCUUUUCAUACUCAAAUGCUGUCCGGUGCCCCGUGUAGAUAAUGAAAAAUUGAACAUCCUUGUAAGUCUUGGUGCCGUCUGAAAGGUCAAAGGGAAAAGGAGAGCAAGAGGUAAUGUCCACUCGCAAUGCUAAAUUAUUCAGCGACAGGAAACAUGGCAAAAUCCCACAAAAGCUGAGGGGAAAAAUAUAAAUAAAAUCAGGUGCUCCGUGACCUCUUGGGAGUCGGUAUGCUGGCACCGCCAGCAGCCGACUCAUCCUCAGACCUGUCAUCUUCCGAGCCGGACACAGAUGCCGACCUUCUCCUCUUGGCCCUGUAGGCUGCGGCAGCGCCAAGGGUUCUCACGUAUUCCCUCAGGAAUUCCUCCUUGCCCACGACGUUCCUCGAGCCGCCGACUUCGACGGUGGCGUCGACGUCGAUCUUGAUGGGCCUAGGCUCGCCACUCCCGUCGAUCAUGGGGAUGCCGGCCGAGGCACUGCUGGCGCGCUCGAUGGCUCCCACGAUGGCGGCAGCGAUAUCCGACGGACCGGGCCGGCCAAUAUCCACCAGGUUGUCGUUUUGGUUGACGCGGACGGCCGUGUUGACCUUGAUGGAUAUCGGCGACAUGCUCUCUGCGCAAUCGUGUUGCUCGGCGGCGCUGGCGGUCGGUCUUGCCUCGGCUGCAAAGGUCAAGAGCCUCGCCAGGAGAUCUGAUGUGAUGCAGUGCAUAGGCAUGGGCAUUAUUCUGGGCAUUGGAGCUUGACCGGAGCGGGGGGUGUAUGCCGGUGGUGGUUGUGGUUGUGGCUGUGGCGGGCAGGUUGAUGGUGUUAUGGUGGUUUGCUCCUUGAGGACCGUCGCCCUAUGAUCGCCUUGCUUAUAUGGUGGUUGAGACAUGGCGGGGAGGCGUGAUUUUGCGGGUAAGGAGAGAGUGAGAGAGAUAGCGUAACGAGGAGUUGGUCUUGUAAUUUUACCAGACGAGGUAGGUAUUGGGUGCGACAACAACAGCUUCUUUCUAAGAGAAGCUAGGAAAGUCCGGCGAGAGAGGAGAGACAAAUGGGAAAGGACCCAAGUUGUAAUUGAAAGGAAUAUAUAGGUAAGAUAGGUAGUUAGGUAGGUAGGUAAGGCACUCGUCAUCUAUUCUGGUCGUCCACCCCAGGCAUGAAUAGGACAGCUCUGCGACCUUCCGCAAAGGCCAUCGGUAACCUGCCGUCAGCUAUGUUGAAUAGUACCAGCCUGACCAAACCUGAAGGAGACCAGGUGAACAGGCCUGAAGAACAAUAGGAGAUGGUGUAUCUCUUUUUUUUUUUUGACAAGGCGGGUAGAUGCAAGGGCGAUCCCCCCACUCAAACCUGCUGCGACAGAUGCAUCUUAUUCAGACCUUGCUGCGUCCUAUUCGCAACAAUAAUAACACCCGCACGCGUAUGCACGGACGAAUGGGACGGAAGCACCUUAAAGAGGGUAAGAAUAACAAGCUGAGUGAGACAGCGUGCACUUGGAACGCCGAAACGGGCAGGGGGGAGGUAAUUGAUGAGAUUGACUACCUCAUUCAUUACCAAUUUUUGUCUAGCAAGUUUUUUGUUUGUUUGUGAUGUUUUUUUUUUUUUUGUUAAUAUUGUCCCAAGGGCGCAUUCAUGAGCGAAAAGGUCGAUGAAUCGGAGUGAGUAUUAAUUUUC